AUGUCCGGCCAGCGGUACAACGUCCCGCCACCUCGGCGGGACAACGCGAUGCCGGGUGGGCUUGAACGACAAACGGCCGCGCUCGACCUCAAUCCGCACGGCAACUCGUUUGACUCGUCGGCCCCAGACGCGUCCUCUUCGUCUCGUCGACCCUCGGGAGCGUCAGUCAACUCGUUGAGCGCGUACUCUGCGCAGCAGCACGGGUCCAACCCUCCGCAUUCUCCGGCGUCCGUCUCAUCGUCCGGGACACACCCUUGGGCAACACCUCGCAUGGACGAUGCCCAGUGGACAAACAGCCCUCAACAGGUUGGUGUCACCCUCCCAUCGACAACACAGAUGCCCAUGCCCUCGGUGCACAAACAUGCGCUGCCGCGCAUUGCGACCUCGGCGCACGACGACGAGUCUGAGACUGGCCCUCGUAGCGCACCGCCCGUGUCGAGCCCACUCGCUGGGCCCAACCCAGCCUAUGCCCAACAACAACCUCUGCGUUCCGCGUCGUCGCCAGACCCUCGUCCACAGUCCAACCGAGGAUCACCAAUGACCUCGCCCAUCGACCCACGACCAAGCUUUUCAGGACCACUGCCCGGUGCGAUCAACACAAUGGUCACCAUGGACCAACAUGCACAGGCCGCCUCUUCCUUCCCAACUCCGCGCGGCUCGUCUUUCCCGACCAACAUGCCCCCAGCAGGUGCCAUCCACAACAUUGAGGGCAUCCCUACGCCGCGGCGCUCGGAUACCCCCACGUCCAUGGCUUCGGCGCAUGGGACGGUCGUGCCAGUCGGGACUGCACCCGGUCCACCACAGACCCAACCAGUACCACCCACAGCAAAGCGUUCCGGCUCGGUUACCUACUGUGCAAAGUGUGGCUUGGCAGUCCGCGGCCAGUUUGUGCGCGCUUUACAUCAGGUCUACCAUCUCGACUGUUUCCGCUGCAAGGACUGCGACAAGGUUGUUGCCCAAAAGUUCUUCCCGGUCGAGGACGCAGACGGAGGCCAGUACCCGCUCUGUGAACGCGACUACUUUGCGCGUCUGGAUCUGAUCUGUGGCAAGUGUAACCAGGCCUUGCGGUCCAGCUACAUUACCGCGUGCGUUAUUCCUCUGUCUACAGGCGAAAAGUUCCAUGUCGAACACUUUUCAUGCUCGGUCUGCGACACUGUGUUUGGAGCAAGCGACUCGUACUAUGAACACGGCGGGAAAGUCUACUGUCACUACCACUAUUCAAUCAGCUUUGCCAACAAGUGUGUGGGCUGUGAGACUGCUAUUCUCAAGCAGUUUGUCGAAAUCAACCGCAACGGCCGCGACGAAUGCUGGCACCCAGAAUGUUACAUGAUCCACAAGUUCUGGAACGUCCGCUUGGCGUCGCGCAACUUUACGACUCCGACAAGUACGACACCCGUGUCGUCGUCACUGUCCUUGCUCGAGAUGAGCAGCUUGAAUGCUCAGCCGAUCUCGCCAUCUCCGACCGUGCCAUCAGCGAGCACCAGCCCCGCGUGGGGGACGGCUAUGACUGCCGAGGAGCUGAAGGACCGCCAAAUCGCCAUGGAGCUCAAGGUGUCGCAGAUCUGGCUCGUCCUCUCCGGGUUUGAGGAGAGCUCGGCUGCGUGCAUUGGUGAAAUGCUGCGAGUCGUCAAUGAGCGUAAACUCCUCGACGUCAUCCUCCUGGCCGAAAAGUUUAUCCUCCACGUCGAGACGCUGUUUGCCGUCAUUGACGACCUCGAGGCGCAGUUUGCGUUGGCAGGUGUCAAGGGCAUGUCCCACGCGCGCGAGGCCAAGCAACUGUGUCGCAAGCUCGUCAACUUCUUCUCGAUGCUGUCGCAGAUCUCGCCACACGGUGGUGCAAUCCCGAACAUGCAAGAACUCCUCACGCAGGUCACCCAGUUGGCGCACUACCUCAAGAUCCUCAUCCGUAUCGCAUUGACAGGUGCCAUCAAGCUCGACCGCGAGCAGGGCAACCCGAACGCGAUGAUGAACGCCCUCGCGCGCCUGCAUCUCUUGUCACUAGACAACGCUGAACCGUCUCUGACAAAGCGCGGUGACCACCCCGAGCCCAAGGGAUUCAUUGCCAGCACUCAAAAGCUGGCGUACGGGUACCGCAGUCUUGCAGUCGAGACUACGGGCGAGACCACUCUGCGUGGACCGCAGGACGACCGGUUCGUGCCGAACGACGGUUGUGUGCGGUGCAAUGGCGCCAUCGAGGACGACUGUGUGCGACAGGGCAUGUUCAACCGCUGGCACUCGCACUGUGUCGAGUGCAAGACUUGCGGCGACAAGGCGAGCAACCAGCGGGACACGGACAGCCCGCUCCUGGCGCGCCCAUCACACCAAACGGACGACGAGUCGCAGUCGCAUGAUGGCCACCACCACGAGCUCAAGGUGGUGACGCGUCGUCGGUCCCCGCGUGUCGGCGAUUUUGCGUACGAGCCUCCCCAGGUCCAGUACGCGGCUGCCGACAUUGUGUGGUGCAGCCUCCACCGCACCGCCUCAUCCAUCGCUGGCUUCCAGUCGGUUUCUCGCCUGGAACAGUUUGCAUUCUUGCUGCAUGUCGCGCUGCGAAGGCUGUACCUGCACUUCCGGGAGCACCACGGUAUCCCAAGUGCAGUCACGAGGACCGAGGCCGGGCAAGACGUCAAGCGCGUCAAGUCUGUCACCUUGGACCGCAAGCUCUCGUCGACGGCGCGCUUGCCACAGCGCUCUACGGUCGUGGAAAGUCCCGCAGGGAAAAUGGCAGACGAGAAUGGCCAGGUCGUUGCUCCGCGGGAACCACUGGCGCCGCUCAUCGUCCCCACCGACGAGUCCGAGGGCCCCGCGUCGGCCACGGUCGACAUUAUCCGACCGCCAUUUGCGCGCAACAACACAGGCGUCCGGAUCGUGUCAGAAGCCCAGUCCGAGGGUGCCUUGUCCGACGCACCGACCCAGUCGUCCAACACGCUCGCGAUCCCGGCCAGACGUACAAAGGACGACGACGCGAUCACACUCAACGACAUUCCCAUGCUUGCCAGCCGAAACACGGUGCUCGUCCGCUCGCCACUGGACGCCAUGCCCCUCAUUGCCCAGCUGCCGUCCUUGCAGCAGCUUAUCGUUCGCCACUUUGCGCUUAUCCAGUUGCAAAAGACUGGUCUGGGCCACCUGAUCGACGUGGACGAGCUGAUGGAGCUGCUCGACGUGCGCAAGAACCAGUGGUGGAACAAGCUGUUCAAGAACAAUGCCAAAAAGGACCAAAAGCGAAAGGGUAUCUUUGGUGUCCCCAUUGAGAUGCUCGUGGCGCGCACUGGCUCCGACUCGCAACGCGGUGCAAGCGACACAUACCUGUUGCGCGUCCCCGAGUUUAUUGAGGACAUUGUGUCCACCAUGCGCCAGCAGGACAUGGCCAUUGAAGGCAUUUUCCGCAAAAACGGCAACAUUCGCAAGCUGCAGAUGCUGUCCGAGGCCCUCGACAAGGACACGUCGGCGGUCGUGCUUGCCGACGAAAACCCCGUCCAGCUCGCGGCGCUGCUCAAGCGGUUCCUGCGCGAAAUGCCCGAUCCCCUGCUCACGUUCCGCCUGCACAAGCUCUUCUGCGCCGCGGCCGUCAUGCCCAACGCCGAGGACCGCAAGCGCUGCCUCUUGCUCCUGGUCACGCUUCUGCCCAAGCCCAACCGCGACACCCUCGAGGUCCUCUUCGUCUUCCUCCGCUGGGUGGCGAGCUUUUCGUACCGCGACGAAGAGACCGGAAGCCGCAUGGACCUGGCCAACCUCGCGACUGUCAUUUGCCCCUCGAUCCUCUAUGCAAAGGGCCAGAACGCCGCUCGCGACGAAAGCUUCAUCGCCAUCCAGGCCGUCCAGCAAAUGCUCGAGGGCCAAGACGACAUUUGGCGCGUGCCCUCCGAGCUCACGUUUGUGUUGCAAGAAAACGUUGCCCAGAUCUUCCAAAAGGAGAUUGACCUGCCGCCAAAGGAGAUCCACAAGCACUGCGCAAAGUACCUCCAGGCCCGUGGCGGUGCUCCCCCACAGCACACCGUCCACCCGGGCCGGCCCUCUGCCGGCAGCGUCUCGGCGCAAGGAGGCCAAGGCCCACCGUCUGCGCUCCCGUCGGGAUCCAUGCGCGAGCUUGCCCGCGACCGUCCCCCCGACCUCCGGUUGAGCGGAUACAGGCCUGAGGCGUCGCGUGUCGGCAGCGGCGGCCCCAGCGAUGGCGGCUUCUCGCGCGACGGCGAGAUUGCUGGUCCUGGAUCCCUUCGCGCCGCCCCGUCGCCCAGCAACAACACCUCGCGUCCCACAUCGUGGGGCACGGGCGGUAUCCCCGGCGGCGUGCCGGGAUCCAGCACUCCCACCAGCGGCAGCGCCGGCGUCCUCGCCAUGCCCAUGCCGCAGAUCAACGGCGCAAGCGUCACGUCCCCGUCAUUCCCGCCCGGCCCCGGCGGCAUGCAGCACCCUAUGCCUUCGCCCGGAACAUGGAGGGGACCGUUCCAGGGCUCGGCGGCGAGCAACGGUUCGCGCCAGAGCUCGCGGGGAUCUGCACCGCCCAGCCCCGGUGUCCAGCCUGGCGAUGCUGAACGCCGAAGCUUCCAGAUGGAGCGGGACAGGUCGCGCGAGCGGGCGUGGACGCCGACGACGACCGACUCGCACGCGCACGCCAGGCAGUAA